GGUUGUCAGCAUUUGUGCCCAGUUAUCGUCUACUAACAAAGUAACAACUGUCAAUUUUGUUUUCACGCUUGGUUAUUGACUGAUGAGUGACGAUUAUUGUACUUUAUUUUUAAAACUGUAAGUUUGCAAAUUUUCUUCAUUCACAUUUGAGGAACUAGGAAACGCAGGACGUUUUAUCUGUUACUUUCAGUUAUUAUAAAGCACCUACAUCGUUGUAUCAAAUUUUGCACCUGUACGCGAAUUUAAACGCAAUAGAAGCAGAAUGACUUUGGGAACAUACAACAGGCAUCAAUCAGCAAAGAAGAGGCAAGCGAAACUGGCAGCCGCUUUUCCCCAAGGGAUAAAGUGCCAAAAAUGCCUGGAGUAUGGACACUGGAGCUAUGAAUGUACCGGAAAACGCAAAGUUCUGGUUCGACCCUCGCGCACUCAGGUUUUGAAAAAAAAUUUGAAGGCCAAAAAGGACAAGUGCAGUGGUGGCAAAUGUGAUCUUCCUACUAAAAAGAAGCGCAGCAACUGUCAAAACUGUUCAGAUGAUGGCUCCACAUCAGAAUCAUCAUCUAACAGCUCAUCUUCAGACAGCGAGUCAGACAGUGGCAGCGAGAAUGAAAGUGGUAGCAGCAGUUACUCGGACAGCAGCAGCGGAUCAGAAUCUGACUCUGAUAGUGACUAAUGUGUUAUAUGACAUCUUAAUUUUUUUAUAAAUAAUAUUUUCCUUAUUAACAUGUAUAAUCAUUCUACUAUUCAUUUAACAAAAGUACAUGAAUAGUCAUUUCAGAGUAUUAUCAUUAAAUUAAUUUGGAACAAAAAUUGAGAAAAUAUUAGACUUAUCAAACAUAUCAGUAUAAUCAUUCAAAAAUGUUAAAAAUCAUUUUGAGAAGUAUUUCUUUAAUAAUCUUUUUCUAUUAACAUUUCAUUUCUUUCUUACUAUUUCUUCUUAUUUAGACAUUGCUCAUUAGUUGAAUAAUGCUGGUCAUUUAAAAAUAUGGAUAUUUUUUUAUUUAUGCAGACUUGAUUGUUUUAUUAUAAUUAGAAUUUAGCAUGUUGAUGAAUGUUACCUGAUUAAGUGUUUAUUGUUUAAUAAUUGUAUUAUUAUGGCUCUAAUGAUGGAAUAGUUUUGAUAUUAAUGGGAAAAUUAGGAUUUCCUUCCAUGAGAAUAAAUGCAAUUUGUGUUAAAUUUCAUGAAAUGUUGUUUGAUUGUAAAUUAUUGUGUCAAUAGUUCUUGUAGGAAGGCACAAUGUACAGUAAUAUUUAUAAUUAAUAAUAUGAGUCUCAAUUAUUUUAAAAAUAUAUAUGAAUGAUUUUAGAGUUUAACUCUGGUAGUGUAAAAGAGGCUUUGUAAAUUAAUGCUAAUUUUAUUUUGUUAAGACUGUAUGUGUAAAUUUCUUAAGAUAAUGUUUAGAUUUAAAAGUCAUACAAUUUUGAUGUCAGGAUAUUAAAUAAAAUAAAUGAUUUGUAA